GUCCGAGCAGUUCAAACGGAGAGACCGGCGCGCGCGGCGGUCCUAUUAAAUUGUUUUUAUUUUUUGCGUCAACUUAGAACUCGAACUCGCGAAGACAAGCUGUUCAGUUCAUGCAGAGAUCUGAACCGGUGUGCAUAUGUAUUAUGCUGUGGACAUCGUGUCCGUCAGUUUUUACGCGAAAGACAUUGAAGUGAAUUGAUAUUCUGAUAACUUUUUUAACGUUUUUUUUUUAACAAUGGCGCAGCAAAACGGUCUCCAUGUGCCCUCGGUUUGUCCCUUUAGUGGUGAAAGUGUGCAAAUGAAUGGAGAUUUGGAGUCUCAAAAGGCUGUGAAACCAGCUCUUCGCAUAAAGGUUCCUCAGCCGAUUGAGCUUGAAAACCAUGUCAUUGAAGGAUAUGAGAACUACGACACUCUACAUUCUCAAAUCGACGAGGUUUCGAGUAGUUUUAACACAAAAUGCUCAGAAAAAGUCUGCCUUUCGAGUAUAAUGAGCAUCCCCGGCCGAGAAGAGAAGGUUCGCACUCCAGAAGAAGUUUACCAAGAAGCACAAGUUUUUCUAAGACAAUACUACGCUUCUAUUCGUCGAGAAAAUUCAGAAGCACACAGAGUAAGAUUAGAAGAAGUAAAGAAAGAGCUGGAUGAAAAAGGAACAUACCAGUUGAAGUCUUCGGAGCUUGUGUUUGGAGCUAAAUUGGCUUGGCGUAAUGCUACCAGGUGUAUUGGAAGAAUACAAUGGAAAAAAUUACAGAUGUUCGACUGCAGGGAAGUAACUACGGCUAGCGGAAUGUUUGAAGCUCUCUGCACUCACAUCAAGUAUGGAACGAAUAAGGGACAGAUAAGGUCAGCAAUAACAAUAUUCCCUCAACGUACAGAUGGCAAACAUGACUACAGAAUAUGGAACCCACAGCUCAUCAGCUACGCUGGGUAUCGCAUGCCCGAUGGCUCGAUACUAGGAGAUCCAGGGCGUGUGGAGUUUACAGAUGUAUGUUUGAGAUUGGGUUGGAAGCCAAAGGAAAAGACUGCAUGGGACAUAUUACCGUUGGUGCUCUCAGCUGAUGGAAAAGACCCGGAAUACUUUGAAAUACCAAGAGAAAUUAUUAUGGAAGUACAUAUGGAUCAUCCUAACUAUGAAUGGUUUAAUGAUCUCGGUCUCCGCUGGUAUGCUUUACCAGCCGUCUCUGGCAUGAGAAUGGACUGUGGUGGUCUAGAAUUUACUGCGACUGCCUUUAAUGGCUGGUAUAUGGGCACUGAAAUUGGCUGCAGAAACUUCUGUGACAGCAACCGUUUUAAUAUUCUCGAGGCGGUGGCAACAAAAAUGGGUCUAGACACAAAUAUGUCAGUAUCCUUGUGGAAGGACAAAGCGUUAGUGGAAGUGAACAUUGCAGUAUUGCAUAGCUUUCAUAGGGAUAACGUCUCCAUAGUAGAUCACCACUCCGCUUCGGAACAGUUCAUGAAACACAUGGAGAACGAGGGGAGAGCUCGGGGAGGUUGUCCAUCUGAUUGGAUCUGGAUAGUCCCACCGAUGUCGUCGUCUCUGACUCCAGUGUUCCAUCAAGAGAUGGCUUUAUAUUACCUCAGACCUUCAUACGAUUAUCAGGAACCAGCUUGGAAGACCCAUCAAUGGUCGAAAUCCGAUGGCGUAAAAACUGUGCGCAGAAAGUUCCACUUUAAGCAGAUUGCUAGAGCUGUCAAGUUCACUUCCAAACUGUUUGGCCGCGCUCUCUCUAAGCGCAUCAAGGCGACCAUUUUGUUCGCAUCCGAGACAGGCAAAUCAGAACAGUAUGCCAAGGAAUUAGGAACCCUUUUCGGACACGCCUUCAAUGCACAGGUACAAUGCAUGUCCAAAUACGACAUGUUUUCGAUUGAACACGAAACUCUCCUCAUAAUUGUUACAUCAACCUUUGGGAAUGGAGAGCCACCAACAAACGGAGAGGACUUUGCAAAACAUCUAGUCGAAAUGUUAAACAAUGAAAAAGAGAACCAAGACGAUAUAAUGGAAAUGUGUUCUGCGGGUUACAAAACACCAGCAAAAUCCCCAGCCCUGUUAAGAACCAACAGUUUCUUGGCAUCCAGUAGGGAUUACAAUCGCCAGCUUACUCGAUUGGAGUCUAACAAAAGUGUAGUUACCGCAACAUCGUCAGUGGAACACAUAGCUCCUCUAAGCAACGUACGCUAUGCAGUAUUCGCAUUGGGCUCCAGUGCAUACCCAAAGUUCUGUAACUUUGGUAAAUUCAUUGACAACAUCAUUGGUAACCUCGGCGGUGAAAGAAUCAUGGAGUUAUGCUGUGGAGAUGAAAUGUAUGGACAGGAACAACGGUUCCGUACGUGGUCGUCAGAAAUAUUCUUAGAAUCCUGCAGGACAUUCUGUCUCGAUGAAAGUGACAUGAUCAGGGAAGCACAAAAUGCCUUGGGAAUCAUUCCAGUUACAGAGGAGACUGUACGGUUUGGCAGACCAGCGGCAGAAUUGCCACUAAUCAAUGCUUUAGAAGCAGGAUUUAGAAAACAACUAGUAACUUACAAAGUAGAAGAGAACAAAACAUUGUCUGAACAUAAAGAAACAAAUGCUCAAACGAUAUUUGUUGACCUAAAACCAACGAGCGAAAUAAAAUACGUUCCUGGUGAUCAUAUUGGUGUUAUGCCAGUGAAUCGAAAAGAGAUAGUAGAUGCUGUUCUAGAAAGACUGAGAGGAGUAGAAGAUCUUGACAAAAUAGUACAAUUAAAAAUCAUGAAGGAAACCCUAACACCCACAGGUACUGUAAAAACUUGGGAAAGAUACGAAAGAUUACCACCAGCAUCUAUUCGAAAUAUCUACACAAGGUUCUUGGACAUUACAACGCCACCUACAACUAAAGUACUCAAGUACCUAGCCGAGUCUUGUACUGAUGAGGCGGAAACUAAACAAAUCAAUGAACUGGUUACCGACUCAAACAAAUAUCACGACUGGAUCAGUUUCCACUAUCCUCAUUUGGCAGAAGUAUUUGCCCAGUUCCCCUCCUGUAGACCUCAAGCUUCACUACUAGCUACUCUGCUGAGUCCCUUGCAGCCCAGAUUCUACUCUAUAUCCUCGUCGCUCCUGGCCCAUCCUCAAAGGGUACAUGUCACUGUUGCCGUUGUCGUUUAUAGGACCCAGAAUGGCGAAGGACCUGUACACUAUGGUGUUUGUUCAAACUAUCUAAAGAGUCUACAACCUGGAGACGAAAUUAUGGCAUUUAUCAGACAUAAAUCAAGCUUCCACAUGCCCAAAGAUAUAUCAGCCCCACUCAUCCUGGUUGGACCUGGUACUGGAAUAGCACCAUUCAGAGGAUUCUGGCAUCACCGAAGACAUCUCAUCAAAGAACUGGUGUCACAUAAUCCUGGACCAGUUUGGUUGUUCUUCGGAUGCAGAUACAAGAGUAUGGAAUUGUAUAAAGAAGAGAAAGAGGAAGCGGUGCUGGAUGGUACGCUUCAUAAAGCUCGCUUGGCCCUGUCCAAAGAAGAGGGCGAUCAUAGAAAAUACGUCCAAGCUCUACUAGACGAUGAAGGAGCAGAAAUGACAAGACUAUUAGUAGAAGAGCACGGUCACUUCUACGUAUGCGGUGAUUGUAAGAUGGCAGACGAUGUAGAACAGAAACUGGAAGAAAUCAUCCAGAAACAUGGCGAUAUGACGGAGGAAGAAGCCAAAGAAUUUAUCGCCAGCUUACGGAAUGAGAACCGUUACCAUGAAGACAUCUUCGGUAUCACCCUUCGAACUGCCGAAGUACACAGUGCAUCCAGAGAGACAGCAAAGAGGACUCGCAUAGAAUCCCUAAAGUCACAAACGUCAACUGGUUCUUUAUUAGGAUAGCGUUAAGCAGAUGGCAGCACCAUAGCUUUUAAGUGUAAACGUGAUUUUUUAUAUUAUUUCAAUAAAUUCGCAAGUUGUUUUGAUAAAAUACUUUGGAAAAAUCAUUUUAAAAACGUAAUUGGAAUUUGAAAGUUAUGAAAUUAUGUUUAAUAAUUGUUUAAGCUUCUCUUUAAACUUUUUCUGUAAUCGCUGAUGGCGUCAAGUAUAUUGUCAAUGUCAUUUCCGCAUUUGUCAACUUUAUGUAGGUAAUGUUUCCCACACAAAAAUGAUCAUGCUAAAGGUUAAAAUUCGACUUAAUUUGUAUAGUAGUAAUAAUAUUUUACGAAGUAGAUAAGCUAGACUGUUGAAUCUAAUUAUAAUAAAUAUUAAUAAGAUAUUUUAGUUUUGUUACCUUCAUUUUAUGCAUUUAAUAAAAGCUGAAUAAUAAUAUCAACUGCAGUUUUUGAUACUACUAUGAUAUCAAUAAAACUUCGACAC